GAAAGAAAACAAAAAACUUAACACGGAAGUCAGGAGGAAGAGGGGGGCUGGUCUUUCUUGGAUUAGGCUCCAAGCCACCUCUUAAUAUAAAUACAAUAAGCCUCCAUCUUCUUCCUCUUCAUUCAAAUUCUUGAAUUAUCAAAUCCAAACAUUUCAAAAACAAUCCUUAAAAGAAACAAGAGAUAUAUAAAUAUGGGUUCAGAAGGAGGAACAGAAGCUUUUCCUGAUCUUGGUAGACAUUGCCAACAUUCAGAAUGCAAUCAACUUGAUUUUCUCCCUUUCAGGUGCCACGGUUGUCAAAAGGUUUUCUGUUUAGAGCAUAGAGCCUACAAGUCUCAUGAUUGUCCAAAAUCAAACCACAACAGCAGAAAAGUUGUAGUCUGUGAUGUUUGUUCAACUUCCAUUGAAACGACAGGGCAAAAUGGAGAAGAUGAGAAGUUGAUAUUGGAAAAACAUGUAAAAUCCGGAGAUUGUGAUCCCUUAAAGAAGAAGAAACCUACUUGCUCUGUUAGACGUUGUAAGGAGAUUUUGACAUUCUCUAAUACUUGCAUCUGCAAAAGUUGCCAUUUGAAGGUUUGUUUGAAGCACCGGUUUCCAGCUGACCAUGCAUGCAAGAAGUUGCAGCAGGGAGGUUCAUCGUCCACGCAGGCUGUCGCCAGUAGUGGACGGUCGAAUGACAAGUUUCUGGCUGCUUUUGCUUCUAGGAAUGAGAAAGAUUGUGCUAAAAAUGCUCAAUCUAAUUCAUCAAAAGCUAAAAAUAGUAUCUUUUCCGUGAAAAUAUUUUAGGGUUCAUAAUAAUUCCCAUGUAAAUUUGACAUUGUUUCAUUUGAGUGGGAUGUUUGGAAUUGCUUGCAAGAAUUUUAUUGCUUUGUAUCCCUAUUUUAGAAUUUCGUUCAAUUAAAGAUAAUUUGAAAUUGAU